AUGACCAGCGACAACAAAAUCUCCCAAGCACAGCCUCUACAGGUUGCCGCCCCCGAAAAAGCUACCCUCUCGACUGCAACCACUGUCUGUGUGAUGCCCAUCGACGCCACCACUCCUCGCUCGGAGCGCAGCAGCAAUCCCUUUGACACGGAUGUCGAGGCUGCCUUGAUCUCCCAAUCUACAACCCGCAAGAGCUGCCACGUCACUAGAAAUGGCGAGUGCCAGGUUUGGCCUGGCAAGCAGCACUGGAAGGAUAAGGCCAAGGAUGCCAAGAUUAAGCGCAGCUGCACCUACAUGUCGAGGCUAAAUCAUCGCCAGAAGAUUGCUGCAAAAGUUCUCCUCAUUGCCCUGGUCAUUGGCAUCGCCGUCGGUGUUGGCUUUGGCGUCAGCAAGCCACUUGGUGCCCCGAUUUGGGGCAAGAAAGACCCAUAA